UAAGGGUCUUGUCUGGGCAGAAUCAGGGGUCAAUUUACAUAUGUGUAGCAACUCAAUAAUACCUGUCAAACAUGGCUCCCCGGGCAGCGGCAUGGUGUUUUGUAGUAGUUUUAUUAACAGUAGGGAUUAAUUGUAACGAGGAAGAUGUGAUCAGAGAAAGAAUUGAAAAGUUAGAAGCAUUAAAUGAUAAUCUUAAACAGCAGCUUAACAGUCAAAAAAAUGUUUAUAAUGAUCUCCUGAACGAGCUUGCGACGUCUUCUGAUUUUACAGAUCGUAGCGAUGGUCACCAAAAAAGGCAGCUAUUGACAUGCGCCGGCCCUGUAGUGUUCCACGCCAGACUCCAGAAUGCCAUUUACCCCAUCGGAACCAAUCAAAUCAUCGCUUACGAAGACGUUGUCACCAAUGUUGGCAAUGGUUACGACUCUUUUACUGGUCUCUUCCGGGCACCAGUAGGUGGUGCUUACGAAUUCAUCGCCACCAUGUGGUCUUCUGACGGUAACUUCCUGGAAAUUGAAAUGGUACGAAAUGGCGUGGACUUGUGUUACGGGCGGGCUAGUCAAUCUAACCAGACCAUGGGUUCAUGUGUCAGUAUGGUGGAAUUGUCUGCUGGGGAUAGGGUUUGGGUUCGACAUCUCAGCGGCAGGGGCACAUACGCAAACGGUCAAGAAUAUCCAUCAUUUGCUGGACAUCUUAUCGUGUAGACUGUUUACAUCAAUAAAACCAUCAAAAUGUAA